AUGCUGAGGGCCACCGUGGGCUCGGUGCAGGAGAGAGACGAGGAGCAGGAGGAUGAAGGUGAAGAAGAGCUGAGGGACGGAGGCGUGCCUUUCUACGUGAACAGAGGAGGCCUCCCGGUGGACGAGGAGACUUGGGAGAGGAUGUGGCGCCAUGUGGCUCGCAUACACCCCAACGGUGAGGCUUUGGGGAAGGAGAUCCGGGGUGCCACCGACCUGCCCAAGGUUCCAAUACCGAGUGUGCCUACAUACCAGCCUACCACCACGAUCCCCCAGCGCCUGGAAGCCAUACAGAAAUACAUCAGGGAAUUGCAGUACAAUCACACAGGAACACAGUUUUUUGAAAUUAAGAAGAGCCGGCCUCUUACUGCGUUGAUGGACAUUGCUAAAGAGAUGACGAGGGAGGCUCUGCCAAUCAAAUGCCUGGAGGCGGUGAUCCUGGGGAUUUACCUCACCAACAACAUGCCAGGUGUGGAGCGCUUCCCCCUCAGCUUUCAGUCUCAGUUCUCAGGGAACCACUUCCACCACAUCGUGCUGGGAGUCCACAGCGGGGGGCGCUUCGGCGCGCUGGGCAUCAGCCGGAGGGAGGACCUCAUGUUCAAGCCCCUGGAGCUGCGGACGCUGAUGGACUUGGUGCAAGAGUUCGAAGCAGCCUACAGGGGCUAUUGGCACACCCUGCGCAAGGUCAGGAUCGGCCAGUACGUGUCCCACGACCCUCACAGCGUGGAGCAGAUAGAGUGGAAGCAUUCGGUGCUGGAUGUGGACAAGCUGACCAAGGAGGAGCUACGGAAGGAGCUGGAGAGGCACACUCGAGACAUGAGGCUGAAGAUAGGAAAGCCUGCACCGCCCUCUCCCACCAAAGACAGGAGAAACAGCAUGGGCUCCCCCCUCAGAGGGCAAAGCAGCCCCGUACGCAGGAUCAGCCGUGUUGAGAGACGUCCCUCCGGAGAGAAGAAGGCUUUGGAGCAAAAACCGUCUGCAGACAUGAAUGGAUACCAGAUUCGAGUCUGAAGGACAGUUUUAGCUUGCUUGUAAAGUCACAAGGUACCACAUCACUUGUUCAUGGGGCCGCCG